AUGUCACCCGCUCAACACCACCCGUUCUACGAUGAGGAGAAGGUUGCCUACGAGGCAGACCCGGCAAACGCUGUCCUGCUGCGCCUCAAGAGAGACGGCGACGAUGGCUUUCUCGGACUCGUCAAGGACAUCAUCCGCGAUGCGCCUACUCCUCCGAGGCGCGAGCAACCUUUCGGGAUGGAGUUGCCAGGCCAGCCUGCCGACGACUGGAUGCGGCGGCUCGCCACGAUUUGCAUCGAGGGAAAGGGCGGGUUGUUUACCAUGGCUCCGCCGUGCGGCCACCGCGAGAGCGUCGAAAUGUUCUUCCGCCUCUUCCAGCCCUUCCUCUGGAGCGGCGGCAACGUCGUCCUCUACUUCGUCACCGGCAGGAUGCACCCCGGCACGCUCGACGUCGUUGUCGACUGGCAACGUUGCGUAAAAGCGGAGGCGAGCGGUUCUCUCGACUUUUGCUUCUUCGACCAGGAGACGGGCUUGUCGACUGGCGACGCCGGCUUCCAGAUAAUCACGAAGACUGGCUACCUUGCCACGGGGUUCUACACUCCUGGCGGCUGGUGCACCAAGUUCUGGUCAAAUGACGAACCGCCAAAGAACAUGACCUGGGGCAACUUCGUCCUGUCAUUGUGGCCGCUGAAGGAGGGUGAGGAGGGUAGACCGGCGAACGAGUCGAUGCUCAAGCAGACGGAGCGCAGUCUGCAGUACUGGACGGGCGGAGUGCUCUACUCGACGCCAAGCGUGCUUCAGUACAUUCGCCCCUCCUUCUCCUCCUCGACCCGCUUCCACCUCGCUUCUUCCGCCUCCGACGACGUUCCUUCCUCCGUCAACGUUCCAGCGGUCGACCCAGACGUCCACUCUACCCUGCCAGCCCCUCUGUACAUAGGGAACAUGCAACAUUGCCUCGUCUUCGACACGAAGAACUCGCUGCUGUCGAGCGGCUCUCGUCCUUCUGCGGCGGCAAUGGUCGCUUCGUCGGCUCGCUAA